CCGGUUGGACCGGGGCUCUGUUUUAAGGGCGUUACGAGGUGUCGUGUUUACUUUUUUUUUUGUAAUCACCUGCAGGCAGCUGACAACGAGGAUAACGAGACACUGCAGCCACAAAUGUGCAUCAACGUUGAGGACAGAAACCCCGCCUGUCAACGGUUAACGGUGACGGUGCUUGUUUGUCUGUGGGUGCGUCUUGUCUGUUUGUCUGACUUUCAAGGAGCUCCGUCUUCAUCCCGCAUCCUCCAGCCGCUGCAGACAUGAGCGGAAGAGUCGGAGACCUCAGUCCUAAACAGGCUGAAGCACUGGAGCAGUUUCGAAAGAGGAUACAAGACGUUCUUCCUCAACUUCCUGCACAGCAUGACCACUUCUUGUUACGCUGGCUCAGAGCCAGAAACUUCAACAUCCAGAAGUCGGAGGCCAUGCUGCGAAAGCAUUUGGAGUUCAGGAAACAGAGAAAAGUAGACGAAAUACUCACCGACUGGCGUCCACCAGAGGUGAUAGAGAAGUAUCUGUCAGGAGGGAUGUGUGGUCACGAUCGCGAAGGCUGUCCCAUCUGGUACGAUAUCAUCGGACCGGUGGAUCCCAAAGGCCUCUUCCUGUCUGCCUCCAAGCAGGACUUCAUCAAGUCCAAGAUCAGAGACUGUGAGGCCCUGCAGAAGGAUUGUAACCUCCAGUCCCAGAGGCUUGAGAGGAACGUGGAGUCAAUCACCAUGAUCUACGACGUAGAAGGUCUGGGUCUGAAGCACUUAUGGAAGCCUGCUAUAGAAACAUAUGGAGAGAUCCUCCAGAUGUUUGAAGAAAACUACCCAGAGGGCUUGAAAAGGCUGUUUGUCAUAAAAGCACCCAAACUCUUCCCCGUGGCCUACAACCUCGUCAAGCACUUCCUGAGCGAGAACACGAGACAGAAGAUCUACAUCCUCGGGGCUAACUGGCAGGAGGUUUUACUGAAGUACAUCGAUGCAGAGGAGCUGCCGAUGAUAUACGGGGGCAAACUCACGGAUCCUGAUGGAGAUCCUCGCUGUCGGACCAAGAUAAACCACGUGGGCCCAGUUCCCCCCUCCUACUACGUGCGGGACCACGUUAAGGUGGACUACGAGCAGUGCAUGACCGUCAGCCGGGGUUCCUCCCAACAGAUGGACUACGAGAUCCUGUUCCCGGGCUGCGUCCUCAGGUGGCAGUUUGCCACAGAGAGUGCAGACAUCGGUUUCGGGGUGUUUCUGAAGGCUAAACGGGGCGAGUGGAAGAAAGCGUCUCAGAUGCAUGAAGUCGUGCCCAGCCAGCGGUACAACUCCCACUUGGUACCAGAGGACGGAUCCCUGACCUGUGAGCGCCCGGGAGUCUAUGUCCUGAGAUUUGACAACACUUACAGCAUCUUCCAGGCCAAAAGAAUCAGCUUUAGCGUUGAGGUCCUGCUGCCGGACCACCUGCAGUCCCCACAGUCCCCACAGACCAACGGGGGGUCCAAAAACCACGAGCAAGCUGCGUGCAACAGCCAAUCAUAACCGAGAAGAAGACCUAAUGUGCCACGUUCACGUUGGCGGAUCAGUAGCGUUCAGCCGCCACUAAGCACAGCCUGAGAAACUUGAGUUGAACAGGAACUACAACAUGCUGCAAACACACACAAAAGUAUUUAACCCAUUUUAAGACCUGACUGUUUGACCAAAAGUGUGCGAUAAUUCUGGACAACAAAUCACACAUGGGUGCAAUGUUUGGGUGUCCACAUACUUCUGGCCACAUGGUGUAGCUUCACAUUGCACGUAUCCAGUUCUGUUGGACCAUUUUAUAUUUGCUAGAACGCAGAUAGCAGGUAGCAACUUUACCUCAAGAGCGUAUCAUCGCAACAAUUAGAGGCUCACCAACAGCAGGAGGCCCGCGGCUACGUUAGCCACCAAUAGCAUAACACGGCUGAUGGUGGUCGAGAUGCAUUGUGGGUGAUGUAGGCGCCAGGUUUUGACGAGGAACGAGAAUGCAAGGAACCAAAACAAAACUGUAUUUGUCGAUGUUAUAGGAGUGCAGUGCUCACUUAUGUGUCGACCAGUGUUAGUUUCACAUUAUGUUUCAAAACAGCCACCAAGUGACUCAGGUCAGUGCUACCAAAGCAACGUAUGAUGUUUAGAAUACACAACCACCACUAUAAAAGUAGCACAAGAGAGACGUAGUAAUUCACUUUCUUUAAACACAGGUACACUUUUUCGACAGAUGUUUAUUUUCUAUGUAUAUGGCAUAAAUAUUUGCCAUGACAAUCAGCAGCAUUUCAGUUAAUUUAUAUAAAAGUACGUUUUGUUGCUAUUUUGCGAUUUGAAGGAAACAUGAAUGUAGAAGAUGUUUAAUGGAAAUUCAUGUCACACACUGAACAUUUCGUUUUCAAUAAUAACUACACAUUGAAGCUUAUUUAAAAAUGAGUUAUGAUAAGUUUUGUACUAUUAUUCUUAUUAUUAUUAAUAACUUUCAUUGCUUAUUGGAUGUGCCUCUGAUUGUCUCUUUCCAGAUUUGAAAACAUUCCUUAAAAUAUUUAUUUCUUCAAUAAUUUAUUUCCAGAAAAAUGGGUUGAAACGAUAUUUAUUAUUAUAAAUAUUAAGUGAAAAACUAUGUAUCUCAGAUUUAUCAGAUGUACAAUAUACAGUAUUACAUAAUAAUCAUGUUGAUUUGUUUGCAGUGAAUGUUAAUGAAAAUAUUUACGCUCACCAGACGAUAACUGAAUGUAAAUCACGUCAGAAUGGAGGAUUAUUCACAUUUAUAUUUGUAACGGUACUGAGGGAACAACCUGGUAAAUCCUGAGGAAAGAUAAUGAGCUGAGAGCCUCACUGUCUGGACUGUCCAAACAAACUGUUGAUAAAUAUCUUAUAUGAUAAAGAUACUAAGAACAAAAGAAUUGGAAGAUACGUGAAUAAAGGCGUUGACAAUUUG